ACGGACUAAGGGCAAGAGAGACCAAAUAUAUGAAUAUAUGAAAUGAUUUUUCCUUAUAAAUAUUACAAACCAACACAAGCCUGUUCAAGAAAUUGUCCUCUCACUCACUGAAAAAUAUACUAAACAAUGAAGAGCUUAGUAGAUUUUGGUAAGAAGUUAGAGCAUUUUUGCUACAACAAAACUAUGAAACCUUUAGUAUUUCAUGUUAAUUCAUUUUGGAUUCAACUUGUUUAUUUUCUGUUUAUAUCUUUUGUGGGGUAUUUGGGUUUAAAAAUCUCAAACCCAAGAACAUCAUCAUCAUCAUCUUCUUCUUCAUUCAUUCUAAAUGACAUAGAUAUAUUUUUCACUUCUGUGUCUGCUACUACAGUUUCUAGCAUGUCAACAGUUGAAAUGGAAGUUUUUUCCAAUACCCAACUCAUCAUCAUCACCAUUUUGAUGUUACUUGGGGGAGAAGUUUUCACUUCCAUGCUUGAACUUCAGUUAAAAAGGUCUAAAUUUCACACUUUUUCAGAUUCUACUCAUAAAAUUUCUGUCUUAGAGGUUUCAAAAGAAGAGUCUGACCUAGAAAGUAAUAAUGAUAAUCAAAUUUCUAAGUCCUCUUUAAUCAAAAGAUUAUGCUAUGUUAUUUUGGGUUAUCUUGUUGUAGUUCAAGUAGGUGGUUCUAGUUUAGUUGCUAUCUACUUAGGUUUAAAUCCAAAUUCAAGAAACUUGUUGUCCAAGAAAGGUCUUCACAUGCAAACAUUUUCAACAUUUUUAGUGGUAAGUACUUUUACAAAUUGUGGAUUUGUUCCUACAAAUGAAAAUAUGAUAGUUUUCAAGAAAAAUUCAGUUCUUCUCCUCAUUGUAAUGCUUUUAACACUUCUUGGGGGUACAUUAUAUGGACCAACCCUAAGAUUUUUGAUAUGGGGAUUGGGGAAAAUUACUAAAAGAGUUGAGUAUAGUUACAUGUUGAGAAACCCAAAAGAAUUGGGUUAUAAUCAUUUGAUGCCAAGUUUAAAUUCUUGGUUUCUUGUUUGCACAGUUUUUGGAUUUUUAAUCGUGCAAUUUUUAGUGUUUUGUUGUUUGGAGUGGCAUAACUCUAAAAUUGUGGAUGGUAUGAGUUGGUUUGAGAAGCUGGUUGCUAUUAUUUUCCAAAUUGUGAGCACAAGACAUUCUGGGGAAACUGUUUUUGAUCUUUCUGUUAUAUCUCCAGCAAUCUUGGUGGUUUUCAUUGUCAUGAUGUAUUUCCCACCAUGCACCUCAUUUUGGCCCAUGAAGCAACAAGAAGAUGAUGAUCCAAGGAGUGGGAAACAAAGCAAGAUUGAGAAUAAAUCAGUUGUGGAAUGUGUACUAUUCUCACAAAUGUCUUAUCUUGUCAUCUUUAUUAUUCUCAUUUGCAUUGUGGAGAGAGAACAUUUGAAGGGAGAUCCUCUUAACUUCAGUAUCUUGAACAUAACUUUGGAAGUGAUAAGUGCAUAUGGAAAUGUUGGAUAUUCAACUGGCUAUAGCUGUGCAAGACAAUUAAAACAAAGCAAUUCAUGCAAAGAUGCAAUGUAUGGAUUGGUGGGGAGAUGGAGCAAAUUUGGAAAAAUUAUCCUUAUCAUUGUCAUGUUCUUCGGAAGGCUUAAAAAGUUCAACAUCAAUGGCGGUCAAGCCUGGAAAAUUUCUUGACAAUUACCCUUCUCAAGAUCAAGAUUUGAGUACACUUGCAUAAUAUGUUUAGAUUGUAAAACUAUGUGUUAUAAAUAAUUAUACACAUGAUACUUUAUACAAAUAAAUGUAGUAUUUUGGUGACUGGUAGAAGUGAUGAUAUGUAAAUGUUAAAAUAUGUUAUUGUUCGAA